GAGCUAUAAAAGGGCUUUGCAUAAAGGAGGGAGGGCCGACGUGCAGCAGCAACCGUGCAGACGCACAACACACACACACACACACACCUACACACACACUCACACUCACGGGGAUCCAGGCACCGCAGCCCCUCGCACUGAGACCUACAGCCUCGGCAGGAAAGAAAGAGCUAAAAGACAGCAUCAAACGACAGGAUGGCAGACAAAAUUAAAGACGCCAAGAUCAUCUUUGUUGUUGGUGGACCCGGCUCUGGAAAGGGCACACAGUGUGAGAGGAUAGUGGCAAAGUAUGGCUACACUCAUCUCUCAUCUGGAGAUCUGCUCCGAGAGGAGGUGGCCUCCGGCUCUGACAGGGGCAAACAGCUCCAGGCCAUCAUGCAGAAGGGCGAACUGGUGCCCCUGGACACAGUCUUAGACAUGAUUAAGGACGCCAUGAUCGCCAAGGCUGACGUCUCCAAGGGCUACCUUAUUGAUGGCUAUCCCCGUGAGGUGAAGCAGGGUGAGGAGUUUGAGAAGAAGAUUGGAAAACCCUUCCUGCUGCUGUACGUUGAUGCCAAGGCAGAAACAAUGGUCCAGAGGCUCCUGAAACGCGGCGAGACCAGCGGCCGCGUGGACGACAACGAAGAGACCAUCAGGAAGCGUCUGGACUUGUACUACAAGUCGACCGAGCCCGUCAUUACCUUCUACGAGGCCCGUGGUAUUGUGAGGAAGGUGGACUCCGAGCUGCCGGUGGACGAGGUCUUCAGCCAGGUGUCCAAGAUCAUUGAUUCUCUGCAGUAAAAUGACACCAUGACACCGUGGGCUGUGUCUGCUCCUUGUUUCAUUUGAUUUGAUUAGAUCUUUUUUUAAUUUUCCUACAAUUCAUAAGGAAAAAAAAACACGAGCUACUGAAAUGACAUGGCUCCAUUUGAACGGGUAUAAAAAAAAAACAAAAAAACUUCUCAUCCAGCCACCAGCUCAUCUGAUGACUCCGCCUCCAGUCUGUGAUGAUGGUUCAGUUAAAAAAAAGUGCGAAGGUCGACCGUUGGACUCUGGAGGAAAACUUGCACUUUAGAUAUUUCUUUUCUCUUUAUCUUUGACAUUUGUCGUCCGGAUUUGGUGUUUAAUCAAAUUCAAAGGCACACCGUGUAGGGCGCAGCAACAUCUAGUGGUGACAUUAUGAAUUAAGGGCUUACGUAGAAUUAAAAGAAAAAAAAAUGAAAACUUAAAUUCUAAGGUCUUUAAAAUGACAGAAAUCAGACACUGUGAUAAUGUUGGUUUAUUAAACAACAGGAAGUUGAA